AUGUUUGCAGCGACCCAUUCAUGCUUUUGCGAUCGAGUGGCAACAUCAGACUACAACAAGCUGUCAACGCCGUCUCAAAUUCGGAGAAAGAAAAUAGAUGUAUUUAACAACACGAACUGUACCAAAAUAGAAUGUCCGACAGAAGAGAAACGUAUGUGCGUCAAGUUAAUAAAUAAAAGGGAAUACGACUCGAAAAAUAUUUACAUAAUGGUUAUUAAUAAAUGCGAAAUUGGAUAUAUUAAAUGUCAUAAAGGACUAGAAGCAAAGGUAGUGCCGAUGAAGAACUGCCUUCACAAGCUCGCUAUUGAAAAUCCAACUAAAACACAUCACAACAACUAUUCCGGAUCAGGAAGAAAUCGACGAAAGUUUGUUUCCUCUUUCAAUAAGCCGCAGAAGAAAAUAAAUUAUUCCAAACUUUAUUUUGGGACUCAUAAAAGGAGAGAUUUUUCCGAGACUGAAGAAGAACAUUCUAAAGUUAAAGAGGGUGAUAGCAACGUAGACCAAAGUAAAGAUGAAAAGACUGCUUCAUCAAAUGAAGAUGAUAAUAUACAGAAUAAUGUUAUAUUUCAAAUACGGGAAAUUGAUAACGGUGACGAAUCAGCUAACGAAGGAAGCUUUGUAGGUGACGCCGAAUUCGAAGCUAAAUCUGAUAAUGGUGAGGAAAUAUCACCUACUAACAAUAAAGAAUCACAAGAAAGUGAACAAGAGGGUAGUAUUCGAAACGUGGACGAAACACAAAACGUAGACGCAGAAGACCAAAAAAGCGAUAAUGAAGUAUCCUUGAUUAAACUUGAAGUUAAUGAAAAUAUUAACUCAACUAAUGGAGUAGAAGGUCUGGAACCAAAUGAACAAGAUAAAGAAAGCGUAGAAAGUGAAAUAACGGAAGAAAAUCAAUUGAAUGAAAUCAAUACAGAAAAUACUGACGACGAUAGCAAAAACGGAAAAAUUAUGGAAUACUAUGAAUUAUCGGAGGAAGACAACAAAGUAGCUUUUUCAUCAGAAUUGAUUAAAAAUAAUGCAACGGGUGAGAAGAAGAGCAACACUUCAAACAAGACCACUCACAAAGCACUUAUCGACCACUCCGACGUGGUAUAUUAUAAUGAUGUGGACAAGGAGCAAUAUAAUAAGGACUGUCCGUCCGUUUGUCCAGCUCGGGAUGUAAUGGUUUGUGCUCGUAAAGAAGACGGUGAAUACAAAACUUUCUUGAGCGUAUGUCAUCUCAGAAAAGACAACUGUGAUAAUCCUAAUUACAGUGAGUAA